UCGCAGCCGGGUCGCGGCGGUCUCGGUGCCCCGAGCCGGGGGCGCGGCCCCCGUCAGCCCGAGUCGCCGUCCCCGCCCGUGCCCGCCCCUCGCCCUCGCCCUCGCCCUCGCCCUCGCCCGGCCCGGCCCCGCGGCGCGCCGCGUCCCCCGAUGGCGGCGGAGGUGCAGCCGCAGCCGCUGACCCGCAAGCCCAUCCUGCUGCAGCGGGUCGAGGGGUCCCAGGAGGUGGUGAACAUGGCGGUGCUCGUGCCCAAGGAGGAGGGCGUCAUCAGCGUGUCGGAGGACAGGACCGUUCGUGUGUGGCUAAAGAGAGACAGCGGACAGUAUUGGCCAAGCAUAUACUAUGUGAUGCCUUCUCCAUGUUCAUGCAUGUCUUUUAACCCGGAAACAAGAAGACUGUCCAUAGGUCUAGACAAUGGUACAAUCUCAGAGUUUAUUUUAUCAGAAGAUUAUAACAAGAUGACUCCCGUGAAAAACUAUCAAGCGCACCAGAGCAGAGUGACGAUGAUCCUGUUUGUCCUGGAGCUGGAGUGGGUGCUGAGCACCGGGCAGGACAAGCUGUUCGCCUGGCACUGCUCCGAGAGUGCGCGGCGCCUGGGAGGCUACCGCACCAGUGCCGUGGCCUCGGGCCUGCAAUUUGAUGUUGAAACCCGGCAUGUGUUUAUUGGUGACCAGUCAGGCCAAGUGACCAUCCUCACACUGGAGCAAGACACCUGCACCCUGGUCACGGCAUUCAGAGGACAUACAGGUGGGGUGACCGCCCUGUGUUGGGACCCCGUCCAGCGAGUGCUGUUCUCCGGCAGCUCGGAUCACUCUGUUAUCAUGUGGGACAUCGGUGGGAGAAAAGGAACAGCCAUCGAGCUCCAAGGACACAACGACAAGGUCCAGGCCCUGUCCUACGCGCAGCACACGCGGCAGCUCAUCUCGUGUGGCGGAGACGGCGGGAUCGUGGUGUGGAACAUGGACGUGGAGCGGCAGGAGACCCCGGAGUGGCUGGACAGUGAUUCCUGCCAGAAGUGUGACCAGCCUUUCUUCUGGAACUUCAAGCAAAUGUGGGACAGUAAGAAGAUUGGCCUGAGACAGCACCACUGCCGCAAGUGUGGGAAGGCCGUCUGCGGCAAGUGCAGCUCCAAGCGCUCCUCUAUCCCCCUGAUGGGCUUCGAGUUCGAAGUGCGGGUCUGCGACAGCUGCCACGAGGCCAUCACCGACGAGGAACGCGCGCCCACGGCCACCUUCCACGACAGUAAGCAUAACAUCGUGCACGUGCACUUCGAUCCCACCCGAGGAUGGUUGCUGACUUCUGGAACCGACAAGGUUAUCAAGCUGUGGGACAUGACCCCCGUCGUGUCGUGACGGCCCCGCAGGCGUCCGAAGGCCGAGCUUACUCUACAGCCGUCGCCGGAAUCCGCACCUUCCCGGAGCUGCGAGUGGACGCGGAGGCGCGCGGAGCCGCGGCCUGGUGGGCGCGUGUGCAUGGCCCCGGCGACGGGCCUCCACAGCCUGUCCCCACAAUAAGACGGAAGAUAGUUUUUGGCAAAUUUGUGUGCGUCCCGGCUCUGCUGCCUUGUUGCGAGCAUCUGAGAACCGCGUGGGCUGAGCGCGGCCCGUCUCCCUCCCCUCGGCUGUGGUGAGGGAGCCUCCCGCCUCCGCCCGCCCAGCUCUGUGGGCCGCGUCCCCCCCCCCCGCGCCCUCACCUGCGGUCACCCGCGUGCUGCUGUCCACUCUCUCCCCAGCGUGUCCUCAGCUUCCACACACGCCUCCUGCGCCGCGGGGUGCGGGGGCCCCUGGUGGGGGUUUCCACUGACCCCCUGAAUCACCCGGAGCGAUCCCCUUGGGCGCCCGCCUCGGCCUCCGCCUUUGCCCCCCCACCUCGCGGGAGCACGUGGCCACCUCGGAGCCCCAGCUCUGGGGCCUGGGUCGUUGUCACCCGGUUGGAGGCUCCCAGCCUCGUUCACGGGCUCUUCCCCGCGCGCCGCACUCCCAACACGUGCGGCAAAGCAAGAACCCAAACCCCAGGGCCCCCCGGAAGAAGCGCCUGUAAGCCAUGUCCCCCGCGACAGCCCCUCGAACGUGCUCCCUACCCGGGCCGCGCCCUGCCAUGCCCCGCGCCGUCCCUGAACCUGGAGAUCUAAACCUCGUCCUUCGUGUGCUUUAGCAGAGCGCGUGGCAACGCUUUCCUACUACACCGGUGUGAUCCGAGACGUGAAAGGUGCCGAGUCCGACGGCUCCGACUCCUCUGGUUGGGGAUUAUCAUUAUUUUUUUAAAGAGGGCUUUAAAAAAUGACCCCAAAGAAUUCUAAUUUUAAGGAAAUCCAACCAAACUUGAUCCAGUGAAACGCGUGUGCGUAGUGGACCCACCUCGGGAUGUUGAGGUCCGUUUUAGAAACGUCGUUUCCACCUGGAGAGAGACUUGGUCAGCUGCGGCGUGUGCCGUGAGCCCUGGACACGUCGCACCUGUCGGGGCCGUCGGGGUCACGGAGUCCUUGAGCCUCCCCGGGCUGAAUAAAGGCCAGUCACUUGCCCUUCA